AUGACGGCGUCGUUCGGGCCGAUAGUGGGCGUGGCGUGGCUGCUGCUGGGGCUGGGCAUACUCGCGGGCAUCUGCUGCACGUGCUGCUGCUGCCACGAGCGCUGGACCCGCAUGCGCAGCGACGAUUUCCGCCCUUACUCCAAGCGCGACCUCACGCUCCCGCUGCUCGUCAUGAUCCUUGCCAUCCUCGCGCUCCUCGCGGGUCUGGCGGUGAUGCUAGCGGGGGGCAUCAUGUUCCGCAGCAACAUGCACGCCAUAACGGAUUACGCCAUGGACCAGGUCAACCGCGCCGCUGCCAUCGUCACCAACGUCUCCACCGCCGUCGCUGCGCUCUCCCACACGCACGUCGCCAACGCUGCGCUGCCCACGAACGCGACAGCGAGGGUAUCAGUGUUAGCGGCAGAUGUGAAUCAGACGGCGGUGGAGCUGCAGGGCCUGGCGGACAAGGGCACUGUGCUCGUCAACGCGUCCGUGCUGCUCAUUUAUCGCUUCAUGUUCGGAGUGGGUAUGACCAUAGUGCUGCUCUGCAUUCUCGGAUUCGUGUUUGCUCUCUGUCACCUAGUGGCUGUAACAAACGUUAUCCUCGUCUUCCUGUGGAUCUUGGUCGUGUGGGCCUGGGUCGGCGUAGGCAUAUUCUACGCCACCUACCUGGUGGAGGGUGACUCAGUGGCAGCAUUACAGCAGGUCAUGCACAACCCCACCGUCAACAGCGCAAUGAGCCAGUACCUUCCGUGCGCCAAGCAGGACCAGAUGCAGGCCGUGGUGACCAUCGCACACUCCGCCAUCUUCACAUCACAGACCUUUGUCAAGAAUGCUCUGGAAAAGGAGUACCCUCAGGUCCUGCAAGCAGCAGGGGCGACGGCAGUGUGUGUGCCGUACGCCCCUCCCCAGUACGCCCUCAAUGUCUCCAUCUGCACGCCAGGCUCCCUCACGCUCUCGCAGCUCUUUCAGAAACUGAACCAGUCAGGGGACACAGGGAACGCAGGCAUGCCACCGGAGGUAUUGUCAGACAUGAGUGCAGUCUUGGUCAGCACCGACCGAUUGGAGAAUGCUAUUGAGGGCAUCAAGACCAUCAUUGACUGUGCCUAUGUCAAGAACGUUGCCCAGUUUAUUAUAGACCAGGCGUUCAAGCUGGAGAGCAACUUGCAGUUGCUGUGGAUUGGGUUUCUCAUUGUGGGCCUCGCCUGCAUGCUCUUCUGUGCCUCCAUGCCCACCUAUGCCUUCCGCGCCACACGCCUUGCUCCUUACGGGAAGGCCGAAGGCCUCUAUGUGGCACAACCCGUGCCGGCACAGAGCCCUUACACUGCAGCAUAA